UGCAGAGGUUGAGACACAAGAAAAUAAGAUAUAGAUAACUAAGAUUAAAGUCACGGAACUUAAAAUUAGGUCGAUCUGAAGAAUACAAUGUCUACAUUCGACCCGAAAGAGCACCCCCAUGUACGAUACAAUCCUCUGAUGGAAGAGUGGGUCACUGUGUCUCCUCAUCGCAUGAAGAGGCCCUGGAAGGGGCAGGUAGAAAAACCGGAGGAAGAAGAGAUUCCUAGUUAUGACCCCAACAAUUCUCUGUGCCCGGGAAACACGAGGUCCAGCGGAAAAGUAAAUCCAAACUAUACAGGCACAUUUCUGUUUGAGAAUGAUUUCCCAGCACUUCUUAAAGAUGGACCCGCACCACCCCCAUGCUCUGACCCCCUGUUUCAGUCAUCCCCAGCCUACGGGACUUGUCAGGUGAUGUGCUUCCACCCCCGGUCCAACCUGACCCUACCUCUGAUGUCCCAGUCUGAGGUCAGAGAGGUCAUUGAUAAGUGGGCAGAAAUCAACACAGACCUGGGAAAGAAAUACACUUGGGUACAGAUCUUUGAAAAUAAAGGAAACAUCAUGGGCUGUUCUAAUCCCCACCCACAUUGUCAGGUGUGGGCCAGUUCCUAUUUUCCAAAUGAUCCAGCUAAAAAACACAGAACACAGAAAGACUAUUAUGAUGAACACAAAGUACCAAUGUUGGUGGACUAUGUCAAAAAAGAACUUCAGAAACAGGAGAGGGUGGUUCUACAGAAUGACUAUUGGGUUUGGCUGGUCCCGUACUGGGCAGUUUGGCCGUACGAGACCAUGCUGCUCCCCAAACGACACAUUUUACGAAUUGAAGAUCUGACUUCAGAAGAAAGGGAUGCAUUAGCAGACAUCAUGAGAAAACUCUUGACGAAAUAUGACAACAUGUUUGAGGUCUCUUUUCCCUACUCCAUGGGCUGGCAUGGUGCCCCUACAGGGGAGUAUCUCCAACAAGAUAACAGCCACUGGCAGCUCCAUGCUCUGUACUUCCCCCCUCUGCUGAGAUCAGCUACAGUUAAGAAAUUCAUGGUGGGCUAUGAGAUGUUGGCUCAGUCUCAGAGAGAUUUAACUGCAGAACAGGCAGCAGAGAAGCUGAAAAGUUUACCAGAUUUACAUUAUAAAUCACAGAAUUCUUAACAACUCCAGAGUCUUAGUGCUGCAUGUUCCUGUUUUACCAGAUCUGCAUUAUAAAUCAAAGAAUCCUUAACCACUCUACAGACUUAGUGCUGCUGUAGUGCCAAACUUCAGGGGUCCCUGCUGUGUUCUGAUCAACAAUAGUAUUGUAAAUAAAAUGUAUUACAAAUAAAAUGUCUUUGAUCAUG